AUGGUUCAUAAAAUCUAUUACGGCAUAAUGGAGCUUACCUAAAUUUACAGAAAUGAACUACCAUAAUAAUGUUGUACAUCUUCAAAAAGAUGUUUUGGCAAAAGAAACACGCCCAUUGCUUCGAGGACUGGCCGGAGGAAGGCGGUGGGAACCCCCUCGCCGGCGGCGCGCUGCUGGCGGCCAUGUUGCUGACCGCGCUGGGAGCGGCGCUGCUUGCGUGGAGGCUCAGUCGGAGCGCAGGAACCGUCACAGGUGUUGACAGAGCUGGGAGCCCAACAGGUAGCAGACGACGUAGUGUGGGUGACGCAAGAGGAAGUCCUAAGCGCUCGGAAAGCAGGACAGAGGAGGAAAGUGAACAGUUACAAAGCUGGCCGGCGCCGCGCCGGGAGAGCUACGUGUGCGACGGCCACCUGGUGACGGUGGCGGUGAUGCCCGAGGGCGAGGACUCGCUGUACUUCGCCGUCGCGCACCAGCUGCACGGGCCGCCGGUGGGCUCGCCGCGGCACCGGGAGAUAGCGGUCUGGCUGCGCACCGCCGCCAAGAUACAGCUGCAGCUCAACCCCGAGGACUACGAGGAGCUCAUGCUGGACUCCGUGGACCUGCUCGGGGAGCGCUAUUCGGGACUGCUGAACAAGGCGGCGAGGCUGCGCGCCUACCUGCUGGACGUGAACGAGCCGGGCUUCCCGCUGGGCCUGGAGGAGCUGUACGUGUUGGCCGACACGGCGCGGGCCGACCUCAUGCUGUACCCGGAGGGCGGGCGCAUCCACCUGGUGCCCAGCGGGGCCUCGCAGGUGUUCUGGUCCGCGCGGCUGGGGCAGAGGGCUUCGCCUUGCGGCGGCGGACAGCGGCGGCACUACGACAGCGUCGUCGGCGUCAGGCGGCUCGAGCCCUGCCAGGAGAAAACACAACCGGCACUGGAGGUGAAGACUGCCAGGCGGGCCAUGCCCAUCGUAUAUAGGGAGUCAGCCCUAACACAACAGGCAGUUAACUCCCGGGAGCCAAACCUACACCUGCGUGCUUCGGACCAUUUUUAAUUAGCAGAAUAUAUUUUAAGAUUUUAAGAAAA